GCAGUGUUGUAUAUUUUAGAUGUCUGAGCUAUAUAUUUCGAACACAGACAUUUUCAGACAUUGUUCGAUAUCCGAGACUGAGUUAUGUUCGAAUAACUGGAUUGUCACUCGGACAAUGUUCGAGUAAAAUAUUUUGGACUCGAAUAUAUUCAGACUUGGACAUUGUCCAAUAUCUGAGUUUUGUAUUAUGA